UCACGGCAGUGGCUGCGUGUGCGCGCUCGUUGCGGUUCCCUAAAACGAGGACGGUUGACGACCACUUCUUGUCCCGCGAGCACCAAUAUAGAACAAAACCAAAACGUCUCGCUCGAGCUAGUUUAGGCUCCUCGAGCUAGCAGUGUUAGCUUAUUAGCUCGCGCUAGGCAAAGCUGCCAGGAGCAGUGUUGGACGACUAAAUGGGCUGAAUGCGCACUUUUGUGGGCCACGACGGAUAAAUGACGGCGACAUUGGACCGCCAAGGACAUUACAGUCGAACAUUGAUGGAUUGUGUGCCAACAAAUUUCACUUCCUGAUUGAACACAACGCCGCCACACCGUGUUGCAUUGUGGUCAGUGUAGGCGGACUCGCGAUCACGUCGUUCGUGUCAAAGUCAACCUCGGCUACUCGUUUUUGUUUGUCUGCUCGACACUACUCUUAGCUUUCCUCUCUUUCUGAGCGUGCACAACACGAGUACGCCGCGACAGCUCGUCUGCAUGUUGACGACGUCGUCUUAAGAGUACAACUCCAACUCCCACCAUGCCUCAGCGUGACGUCACUAGUUUCGCAAGGCGAGCGGCUGGCUAGAGAGACCCGCCCGCUUCCGUGUUGUUCUUCUCGGCCAGCAGCACUUUGGACGGCUCCGCGCCGCCAUGAGCGAGUUUUUGUGAAGCUCGGAUUUGACUCGUCCCAACGACAUGUCUCUGCCGCGCGGCUCCAAGAAGAAGGACAAGCGUAUCCUGUCGGCCACCUGCCCGGACCCCAAGUGCCAGGCGAGCCUGUUCUUCCCCGUUCAGGGCUCCGCUAGCAUCGAAUGCACCGAGUGCGGCCAACGGCACGAGCAGAAGAACCUGCUCAACGUUCAGGAGGUGAGCGAUCCAGAUGCAGUGCUCCACAACCUGCUCAGGAACGCCCUUCUGGGCGUGGCGGGCCCCCCCAAGAAAGGCAACGAGCUGGUCAAGGUGAUGGGGCUGUCCAACUACCACUGCAAGCUGCUCUCGCCGCUGCUCACUCGCUACGGCAUGGACAAACAGAGCGGCAAAGCCAAGCCGCUGAGGGACAUGAACCAGGGCGAGACCUUUGAUUGCUCACUGCUGGGCAACCGGGCCUUCCUCAUCGAGCCGGAGCACGUGUCCACGGCGGGUUAUGGCAAGGACCGCUCAGGAAGCCUGCUCUACCUCCACGACACGCUGGAGGAGAUCAAGCAGGCCAACGGCAACCGGGAGUGUCUCAUCCCUGUCCACGUGGACGGGGACGGCCACUGCCUGGUCCAUGCCGUGUCGCGGGCGCUGGUGGGCCGCGAACUCUUCUGGCACGCCCUGCGGGAGAACCUGAAGCAGAACUUUGAGCAGAAUCUGGACCGCUACAAGGCCCUCUUCCAGGACUUUAUCGACGCCGCCGAGUGGGAGGACAUCAUCAACGAGUGCGACCCGCUCUUCGUCCCGCCUGAAGGCGUACCGCUGGGCCUGCGCAACAUCCAUAUCUUUGGCCUGGCCAACGUCCUGCACCGGCCCAUCGUCCUGCUGGACUCGCUGAGCGGCAUGAGGAGCUCCGGUGACUACUCGGCCACCUUCCUGCCGGGCCUGGUAGCCGAGGAGCUCUGCCGCGCCAAAGACGGCGAGCUCAACAAGCCCAUCUGCAUCGCCUGGAGCAGCUCCGGGCGCAACCACUACAUCCCGCUGGUGGGCGUCAAGAAUGAGGCGCUGCCCCGGCUGCCCGCCCACCUGCUCCCCAAGGCCUGGGGGGUCCCGCAGCAGCUCAUCUGGAAGUACAUCAAGCCAGAGGCGGACGGCGGCUGCGUGGUCGGCGGUGACCGCAGCCUGCAGGACAAGUACGUCAUGCGGCUGGUGGGCGCCAUGGAGGAAGUCUUCAUGGAGAAGCACUGCGUCCACCCAGCGCUGGUGGCCGACAUGCACCAGUGGGUGUACCGCCGCACGGGCGUGGUGGGCGUCCAGCCCGAGGAGGUGACCGAGGCGGCCAAAAAGUCAGUGGCCGAGAACCGCCUGCACCGCUGCCUGCUCUGCGGCGCCCUCUCGGAGCUGCGCGUGCCGCCCGACUGGCUGUUGCCGGGCGGAAAGCUUCACAGCCUAGCCAAGUCCACGCACGGCCAGCUCCGCCCCGACAAGAACUACAGCUUCCCCCUCAACAGCCUGGUGUGCUCUUACGACCCGCAGAGGGACGUCCUGCUGCCCGACUACAAGCUCAGCUCGCUGGACACCUGUAACUGGUGCCGCGGCGCCUCGGUGCGUCCUGUGCGGGCCGACGGCCUCGUGGUCUACGCCGACGGCGACCGGACCGACACGCCCUCGCAGGGCGGCAAGUGCGGUUGUGGCUUCAAGCACUUCUGGGAGGGCAAGGAGUACGACAACCUCCCGGAGGCCUUCCUCAUCACGCUGGAAUGGGCCGGCCGGGCAUUCCGGGAGACGGUGCACUGGUUCCAGUACGAGGGCGACCCGGCGCUCAACAGCAAUGUGUACGACGUGGCCAUCAAGCUGGUCACCAAGCACUUCCCGGGCGAGUUCGGCAGCGAGGUCCUGGUGCAGAAGGUGGUGGAUACUAUCCUGCGCCACACCGCCAAGAGGAACCCAGAGGAGUACAACCCAGUGGCAGUGGACGGCGCCCAUGCCCGCCGCCUGGCUGACGCGGAGGAGGCCACGCUGCCUACGCUGGACCCGCCCAGCAAGAUCAUCCUGACGGGGCCCAAGGCCAAGACGCUCCACAAGGAGGAGCUGAUCAUGAGCCGGGCCGAGCGUGAACUUCAACAGAGCAUUGGCAAGCGGGCCCCCCUCUCGCAGCGGCGUGGCCAGCGCGACAAGCCGGGAGAGCCCAAAGAGCGCUCCCCGGGGACGCCCGCGCUCUCCUCGGCACCGGCCACCCCCACCAAAUCCCCGGCGGCGCCAGCCGGUGGGGAGAAGAAGAUACGCGUGAGCGCUAGCGAUGGCCGGACCGCCACCCUGACCCUGGGGCCCCGCGCUUCCUACUCUGAUCUCUGCAAUAGCAUCGGCCAGCACUUCGGGGUGGCGCCCACCCGCCUCUGCAUCCGCCACGGCUUCCCCCCACGGGAGCUCCCGCCGCCGGCUACCGGCCACGAGCAGGAGCCGGUGGCGCUGCGGCAUGGCGACCGGGUCACCCUGGAGAUCCUGAAGGGCGCCGAUGAGGAGGAGGCCCCAGCUGAAAGCCGCGACGCCGUGGCUUUGGCCAGGUCGAGCGAGCGUGACCUCCAGGAAGCCAUCGACCUCGAGAUGUCCUCACUGUGUCUGCUGGCCACCUUGAUGGGCGAGGAGGAUGUGUGGUCGUACGCUAAGAAGCUGCCGCAUUUGUUCCGGCGGGGCGGCGUCUUCUACAACAUCGUCAAGAAGGACACGGGACUGAUGAACGGGAAGCACUGCACGCUGCCCCACCUGACGGGGCGCACCUUUGUGUACAACGCGGCGGAGGCCCGCGUGGAGCUGUGCGCUGACCCCGCCGGCCACUUUGAGGUGUGCGGCGACGUGGAGGAGCGCGUUAAGGAGGCGCAGGCCCGGCUGCGCUCGGACGCCGCCGGCGGAGAGGCCAGCCCGUCGCGCGGCGCCCUGCGGCCCGGCGGCGGCGCUGUUCGCAAGAAGGAGCGGCUACAUGCCGUCCAGGCCUUCCAAGGAAAGGGCCACUCGCUGGGCAGCCGCAGCGCCUCCCCGCCGCAGCCGGAGCACCUGCCCAUCACGCGCCAACACAGCGAUGGCACUGACCUCGGCCGCGAGCCAGUGCGCGUGGCGCCAGGCUUCGUGACGGUGAAGGACGGCCACGGUCCAGACCCCGUCCUCAUGGAGCAGCAGCGCCGCAAACUUCAGGAAAUGGUCUCCUCUAUCCAGGCCUCGGUGGCGCGCUUUCCGCGGCCCCCGGCUGUUGGCGAGCCGACGCAGGACGAGGACCAGAUGGAGAGCCACGACAGCGAGCGGGCCGAACCCAUGGACCACUCUUGAUUUCGGCCCUUCUGCGGCGAGCCGCCGGCCGGGGCCAUAAAGCGCUGCUCCGCCGACUGCGCCGCCCACCGAGUCGGCUUUGUGCGCGCGACUUACUAAGCUGCGUUGACGUAUCAUUCGAAUGGCGUGCUUUGAUCGUCACCAGAUUUGCAAAAAGCACGAGCGAUGUCGAGGAAGACUUAAGUAGACGCGUGUGACGUGAGAAGCUGCGCCCGCAAGAUUCACAUGACAGAAAGUUGCACAGCCCAAACGCAAAGUCGUGCUCAUGGGCGGCAGGCACGCCACUUGCUGGAGAGCAAGGUGAGGGAACUGCUUUGAUCGCCAUUUGUCAUUCUUGUUUUUGCUGCAUGACAACAGCCGAUGACGAGGCGGUGAGGGCGGAGCUCGCUGACUGUGUGAUUCUGCUUUUCUAAGACAACUUUGCCUUUUUGUUGUCGAAUGGCGCCACGGUUUUGUGUGAGGAGAUGGAGCUUAACGUUCAAUCAAGCGCGCUUGCGCCACCCGCUGGCCGACACGCAAAGGCUCUGCUUUCACUGCCGUGAGGGCCGCAGCGUGUUGUCCACUUUAUUUUGCGCUGUGUCGAGAAUGCGCAAUUGCAGUUGGAGCUUUUCUCUCACUUGGACGAGCGAAGCGACAACUGCAAUGUCAACGUCAUCCUUUUGCUGUUUGCACGUAGGAUGAAUCGACAAUAAAAAAAAUUGAUUGCCA